UCCUCAGUCGCAUUCACCUUGCAAACUAAACCCACGGGAACCUGAACGGUCAACCCUCAAGGCUCAAGCCUUCAUUCGGCUUGCAUCAGCCCCGAAGCGUUUCUCCGCUUCCCUCAUCCCCGUCUCCAUUUGCCUUUCCAUCUCCUACACAUGCUGCAGGGUCCAACUCCUUGCACCUCGUCAUCCGCCACGCAUCGUGAUACCCCAUCUGCCCGGGAGUCGCCUGCAUCUCCUGCGUCACUCUCCACGCCGACAGUGGCCCCUCAGUCCAGCACCACCGCAAACACUACUACAAACACUACCACUGCUACUUCAACUUCUAGCCUCGUCCCGACCACAUCGACGACAAGCUCGACGACUCCUGCAUCGACACCACCUCGGAACCAACUAUCGACUUCCGAACCCUCCCUCCGCUUUCCCCGCCCUCAAGGUAACCGACUCCUUGCGAACUGGAUCUCGUCCAGUAACCCCGACAUCAUGCGAGUUACAUCAACCGAGGAUACCGGCUUGUCCGAGUCCACCUACGAACUCAUCACGGGUACCGACACCGAGUCACAAGAUGACAACUAUACCGAGUCUAUGGGCGAGUCCGUCGGCUCUCUCGACUUUCACCGUCCCGAUGACGUCCACAGCCUCGCUGACACCGAACACACCUACGACGACGAAUCGGUCGCCGGCGAUGUCGAGCUGCAUGCCAACACUGCCCGCCAAGACGACGGCGACGAGUACGAUACUGCCGUCCUUGACCCAACGCCAUCGCCGCAAGUCGACGAAGCAUCUGCUUCUAAUAAUGAAUCUGACACCGAGUCGGAAUCAGAGGACGAUGCUCGCUCUCGGUCCUCCCUCGAAUAUACGCAGCAGAGUCUCAAAACUCCAUCUAUUCCUACCCCGGAAGCUAGUAGGAUUGUGGAUCGACCCGCUGCCGACGCCAUUGCUGGUGAUGAAGGCGAUCGUCCAAGUCUACGAACGACCAUCACUACUUGGUCCUCGGAAUGGUACAAAUAUAUCGGGGCUAGGGCGGCUCUCGCCCGGACCUCUUUAAUGGAGUCCACCAUGUCGGCACUCCCUGGUAUCAUCUUUGCCCUUGUCGUGGCCCUGUUGAUCCCCGUCUUCUACUCACCCCCACCCCACGAUCCCCACAUUCCCGCAGCCACGCCUGUCCUCACUCCCCACCCCACGACGUCCUUGGCUCCCGCUACCAGCCAAACCUCAUCUACACAGUGGGCUCUAUCUACAUCAACUGAACUCGCUGGACUUGUCCCGCUUGAGAAUGCCCUCCCUGAUGAGUGGCUCUUUGCGGGCAAGAAGCCCGACAUGGCUGUCUUCAAACAGCAUGGCCAAUUUCUCGUUCGUAUGCCCUCGGAUGUCAAAGAGGCCUGGCUGGCAAAGAAGUGCUUGACCUUCUCAGCCACGCGCGGCGACGACUCCGUCCCCAUGACUGCAUCUUCUGUUGAGGACGGCAUGCUUAUCAAGUUCCCCUAUGAAGAGUCUCAUGGAACUGUCAAGGUCGACAUUACAGCCCUUUGUCGGCCAAAGAUUCGCAAAGCUUUCCGCGUCACCUUUGACAAGGGCAUUAUGGAGGGAGCUUUGGAGAUUACCAAGAACCUCGCCCAGGAUUUGACUGAACUCGUCCCCGCUGCUGCUCAAGAGGCAGAGCGUUGCUUCGGGGAAGCCAAGCGAUCCUUGGAGUCAGCCUCCGACAACGUCCUGACAGUCUCCGAUAGCCUACUCAAGGACCUCAGCACUCGCUUCCACAAUGCCCAUCGAUCCCUGGGCUUCAUUAAGUUGGAGGCCCGGGAGCGCAUCCAAAGCGCCAAAGAGGAAGUGUCAAAGCAGUUUGGCGUCAUCGCGGAGCAAGUCACACAACGGCUCUCCAAGUCUCGCGAUGUUCAGGACCAGGCCAAACUGAGCCUCCUUGAUGCUCAGAUCUCUGCCAAGCUAUGGUGGCUGAAGCUGACAGGAACUAAGGACGAGCACAACCAGUACGAGCACAAGGCUAAGAGCUUUAUGGCUAAGAAGAAGGCCGACGUGAACGAAGCGCGCAAGACAAGACGCAACGAUACCGACGACAAGACCGACGUCCGCUCUGGACUGUGGAACAAAGUGUUCAACGGCCCUCGAUGUGCAAACAAGCUCGGGCGAGGAAAGCGGGGAAUGCAACAAUGCAACUUCGUGGUGUAAGGGGGUUCAUUUAAUUUCUUUGAUCGUUCAUCUUAUUGCUGGAGGUAGCUUUGUGGUGUGGAUGGAUUCGGGCUGGCACUUACGAGGCAUGGGACUCACGGUAUUGGACGGAGUUUUU